AACCGCUUGUUUUUCUGCCUGCCGACAGCAGAGCCACGCCCCCUCCUGCCAGAACUGAGGGUGAAACUUCAUCAAGACCGCCGGGUUAUCUUUGAUCUCUGGAUUCACACGUGAAGAGAGAAAGCUCUUUCAAGGUUUCCCACCUGUGGCAUCAUAUCGGCACCGUCGAUGCGACCGAAUGUACAGAAAUCGACGCUGAUCUCAAAAAGCUGGAGCUGAGGACGAGAUAGAAGAGGAGGAGGAAUAGGAACAAAGAGAAGAGGAAGAAGAGACAAUCAUGAUUCACUCAAAUCACUCCAUCCACUCAGUCUUCUGCUGCUGCUGCUGUGCUGUUCAAACCAGGGCGAUCAGCACCCGUGUGGAGCUGGAAGACAGCACCUCACUUUGUUUCCGAGGCCGAAGACAUCCAGGACAUGCCCACCGGGUCGAGAGGUCGAGGAGGAAGCUGCCGCAGCCGCCUCCGGAGGGCGAAGACAGCGAAGGCGAAGGGCUGCUGAGCGUCGUCGCCAUGUACGACUUCACCGCCAAGGAGGACACCGACCUCACGCUCAGACAGGGGGAGGAGUACAUCAUCCUCCACAAACAGGACCAGCUGUGGUGGCGAGCGCAGGACAAACACGGGCAUAAAGGCUUCAUCCCCAGCAACUAUGUGACGGAGAAAAACAGAAUCGAGGCAAACUCGUGGUACUGCAAGAACGUCACCAGGACAGAAGCAGAGCAGCUGCUGAGACAAGAGGACAAAGAAGGUGGUUUUGUUGUGCGAGAGUCCAGCCAAAAGGGGGUUUAUACCGUCUCAGUUUACACCAAAACAUUAAGUGCUAACGGAGACAUCAGACAUUACCAGAUUAAAAUAACUGACACCGGACAGUAUUUCUUGGCUGAAAAACACAUCUUCAGCUCCAUCCCCGACGUUAUACACUACCACGAACACAACGCAGCAGGUUUGGUGACGAGGCUUCGAUACGCAGUGGGACCGAUGGGAAGGUGUGUCCCGGCCACAGCAGGAUUCAGCUCAGAGAAGUGGGAGAUCAACCCCAGUGAGCUGACCUUCAUGAAGGAGCUGGGCAGCGGUCAGUUCGGCCAGGUGAGGCUCGGAAAGUGGAGGGCUCAGCACAAAGUGGCCAUCAAGGCCAUCAGGGAGGGAGCCAUGUACGAGGAGGACUUCAUCGAAGAGGCCAAAGUCAUGAUGAGGCUCUGCCACCCGAAGCUGGUGCAGCUGUACGGCGUCUGUCUGCAGCAGCGCCCCCUGCUGAUCGUGGCCGAGUUCAUGGAGAAUGGCUGCCUGCUGAACUUCCUGCGGCAAAAGGGCGGAACUCUGAAAGAGGCGUGGCUUCUGUCCAUGUGCCAGGAUGUCUGUGAGGGGAUGGAGUACCUGGAGGCUCAUAGUUUCAUCCACAGAGACCUGGCAGCCAGGAACUGUCUGGUUAAUGAGCACAAUGUGGUGAAGGUCUGCGACUUUGGAAUGACCAGAUAUGUUCUAGACAACCAGUACACCAGUUCCAACGGCGCUAAGUUCCCAGUGAAAUGGUCUCCUCCUGAAGUUCUCCACUACAGUAAAUACAGCAGCAAGUCUGAUGUCUGGUCUUUUGGUGUGGUGAUGUGGGAGAUCUACUCGGAGGGUCGGACUCCGUUUGAAAACCGAUCCAACCUGGAGGUAGUCAACGACAUCACCAGAGGGAUCCGGCUGUACCGACCUCAUCGAGCCUCGCAAUCGCUGUACGCCAUCAUGUACCGCUGCUGGCAUGAGAAGGCUCUGGGCCGGCCUCCUUUCUCUGAGCUCCUGGAGGAAAUCAGAAAACUGGCAGAAAAUUCAGAUUGACACACACACAUUAAUAUAUUGCUGACCUUCAAACUGUUUUUUCAUGUUGUCAUGAAUGUACACAUGCUGUAUUUUGCCACUGUAAAUAAAUAUUUUUUC